AACUGCCACGGUUUCACUUUCAGUUUCUAUCCUUCCUGCUUAAGCGAUGGCGGAUUCUUUACCGCCAGUGUGGUUAGAAGAAGAGUUAACUUGCCCUAUCUGCCUCCAGAUUUACACCGACCCGGUGAUACUCAACUGCAAGCACAGCUUUUGCCAAGCUUGUAUUGAGGAAUCCUGGAAGGAGCCGGAAUCCGGUGUCUACUCCUGCCCGGAAUGCAGGGCGAAUUAUAGGGAGAGGCCUUCCUUGAAGAGAAAUUUCAAGCUGGCAAACAUAGCUCAGAAAUACCAGGCGGUGAACGGAACUCCAGUAGCUCUACCCUGCAAUUACUGCACCAAGAAAAAGCUUUCAGCUGUCAAAACGUGCCUAAAAUGUGAAGCCUCGAUGUGUGCCAAGCAUCUCAAACAUCACAGGGAGAAUGCUGUGUUCAAAAACCACCCUCUGAUAGACCCCACUGCAGACAUGUCAACAUGGAAGUGCAUCGAGCACAAGAAACUGCUGGAGAUCUAUUGCAAGGAUGACAAAGUUUGCAUCUGCUGUCUCUGCCCUGUGGUGGGGAAGCACAAGAACCACAAUUGUGUCAGCAUCAGUGAAGGAGAGCAGGAGUUGCGGGAUCACUUGCAGCAGCAGAUAGAAAAGGUCAGAACAAAUACAACUGCCAUCCAAGCUGGCAUUCUCCAUCUCCAGACACAGAAAGAUAAUGCACAGAGCCUGAUCAGAGAAAGCAAAACCAAAGUUCAGGAGAGGUGUCAUGCUCUGCGGAAGUAUUUUGAGAAUGAGGAAAAAGAAGCAUUGAAGUAUCUCGACACGGUCCAGAACCAGGUGACAGGAGAAAUUGAUGCACAGAUUCUGGCACUGGAAAACAAAAUGGAACUCUUUGAGAAAAAUAUGGCUGAUUUCAGUAAUCUUUUAAUGAAGAUGGAAAAACUAGUUUUCAUACAGGGUUUUAAUUCAAUGAGAGUAAGAAUAAAAGAGGCAUCUGAUCCACUAGGACCACAACCUCCACCUCCUGACGUCAGUAAAAUAACAGCAGAUAAGGUAAACUGGAUACAGAAGCAGUAUGAAAUGGUAUCCCGGCUUGAGAGGGAUCGAGACGUAAUGGCAACUGUGUAUGGACAGACGCCGACUCUGGAUAUGGAUACCGCUCAUCGUAGUGUCAUUCUGUCAGAUGAUAGACGGGUGGCAUCUGGAUCCCAGUGCAGACAGCCCUAUCCCUCCAAUCGGAAGAGAUUUGACUGCUGGGGGCAGGUACUCUGCUCUGAGGGAAUCAACGGCGGUCGCUCUUACUGGGAGGUAGAGAUUGCAGGAAUUCAUGGCAGGUGGGCUAUUGGGGUCUGUUAUGGCAGCAUGAAGCGAAAGGGGAGGGAUAAAGAGUGCGUGUUGGGAGAGAACAAUAAAUCCUGGAGUGUGUGCUCAGGAAACAACAGUAGUUUUUGGAGUUACUUGUCGGGAUCACGUUCAGUUUUAGCCCUGCACAAUGACAAUGUCACAGAUCUAACUGUUCCAAUAUUCUCGAAAGUGGGAGUCUUUGUAGACUUUGAUGCUGGAAUAAUUUCAUUUUACAGUGUAUUAGACAGCAAACUAAGCCUAAUAUGCACAUUUCAGCAGCAAAUGUUCUCUGAGUCUCUUUACCCUGCUCUGAGAGUUAGCGAUUGGAAUACAUCACUGACAUUGUGCUCUCUUAACUGAUUGAUUGAUUUUCAUGUUUUUUAAUUAUUUUAUUCUUAAAUAACUUCUUAAACAAAACAGAAAACAAAGUGGGCUGGUUAAACUAAGUUAUUCCCUUUUGUAUUAAAUCCUGAAAUACAAGUUGAGUUAUACUGUUGGCAGGAGUGGGACUGGCCUUGCUGACACCCCUCAGAAUGAGUACACCAACUCCUUGCAAUCGACUCCCAUUGUGUGGGAAACACGGCAAGUUUACCCGGCUAUCAAUAGUACUCUGGGAAAAUUUAGUUUAAGCACUGAAAGAGCCAGUAUUUACAUAAUCAGGGAGCAGAAUCUGGCUAAAUAUCUUGACAAAAAAGCUGUAAACAAUGGGGCCUAAAUGGAGCAAAUAUUGAUUAAUUGGCAACCCCAGCCCCAGAUUAUCUAGUUUAUGACUUUUAUUUGAAAGGGGAAGGGGAAAUUACCCAAAAAUGACUUUUGGUUUGGAUCUCCAUUCAUUUACUAAAUGAAUUGCAGUUUGGAAGCUGUCAUUAUAUGACGGUAGCUCAAUGUUGAACUCUUCUGUUUCAACCUGGGUGGAUCCCAGAUCUUUUGCCUUGUCUUGGCUUCUUGUUCCACCAUCUUCCAAUGCGUCUGUCCAAGUUUGCUUUUUUAAAUUCAAGUCUGUUGUCUUUCAACCCUCCUGAACUCAUUGCUUUCUUUUGCUUGAGAGUUUUCCACCCGGUUUUCCUUCCAAAUUCACCGCAUUUCACGGAUUGUUGCUGACUGUAGGUCUUUUUGACCGCGUCUUAGCUGGUGAAACAUGACCUCCUCACUAUCAAAUUGCAGUGUUGUUUGUAGUGCAGGAGAACCGUCCUUGGAUCACCUGGUGCUGUACCAUUAACUGAGAUCGUUAAAUCUUUUAGACUUCUACCACGCUUUAUCUCACUGCAACCUUUAAAUUGUACAAAAGUUCUCCAAAACUUUAGCAAAUUUGUCACUGUUACUGGAUUCUGGGCUAUGGAGCUGAUGUCCACUGCCCACUCUGACUUCUUGGCCUCAAAUACCCUACUGUGCUGCUGCCUUGCUCUCCAUUGCAUCUCAGCAGUGUCAGAUAUACUUAAACACCUUCUCCCCUAUCUCCAACUCUCUGCAGUUACUUGUGUAUGGCCCACUUCUCAUAUAUCCAAACACGACUGGCAUAUCUCCUGGAAUUGCCUUUCUUCAUGUCGCCGUGGAUACUCCUUGGAGUUCCCCCAAGGAUUAUUCCCUGAUCCCUUAAUUUUCUGUUUUCAAACCUGCUCCUGGGCAAGAUUAUCCAUAAAAUGUGGCUAUUUUGGUACCAAGAAUAAAUACUAAAUGGUACAAUUUUAAGAAGGGUGGGAGGAGUUGAUGAGAACCGUGGGGAGAAUAAAAAUAGAAUUAGUCUAGGAUUGGUGUAAAUGAGUGGUUGAUGGUUGGUGUAGACUUGGCAGGCUGAAGGGCCUGUUUCCAUGUUGUAUCUGUCUCUGUGUGCAGGAGGAUAGAGACCUGGGUUGCUUGUGCUUGAGCACAAAUCUUUGAAUGUGGCUAGACUGGUUCACAAAGUAGUGAAUGAAGUGGGCUGGGCUUUAAUUAGGAGAACAAAAACCGGGAAAACAUGCUAAUCAUUUAAAGAGAAAAACUUGAGUUGGGCCUUGAGAUGGAGUAUGGUGUCCAAUUUGGGUAGCACACUUUAGGAAGAAUGAGAAUGCUUUGGAGAGGGCACAGAGAGAUUUAUUAGAAAGGUCCAGAAAAAAUAUGGAUUGUAGUUAUGUGAGUAGACUGGAGAAGCUAAGAGCAAAGGUGGCUAGAAGGAUAAAUAAUAGCAUGUCCAAAACCUUUAAGAGUUUGGACAUGAAUAAAGAGAAACUGUUUGCAGUGGCUGCAGGGCCAGUUAGCAGAGGAUAUGCGUUUAGAAUCAUUGGUAAAGAACCAGCUGGGAGGGCGGUGGAUACAGAUUCUGUUGUAUCCUUCAGGAGGAGAAUGAAUAAACUCUUGAAGCAGGAAGCUUGCAGCAAUGAGAGAAUGAAUAGGAUAGCAGGACUAACUUGAUUAUUAUGUGCGUGAGCUGAUGUAGGAUUCAGUGAGAAGGAUUCAAUGUUUAUUUAUGCACCUGAUGACUCUGAUCACUAUUUCUUGCACCAUGUAAUUAUCUCCGUGCUAUCAAAAUGCAUGACUCACUGAAGUCACAAAUUGAUCACGACUCCUUCACUUGAACACCAGACAGAUCGAAGCCAGUGUUGUUGGCUUCUGCUGCAUACAUUGUUCCAUUGCCAUUGGCCACAGCCCUUGAUUCAGAUUGUGUGAUCUCUUAACGUCCUGAUUAAUCAGCAAUGGACUUUAAAUCCCAAUCUUCCCCAUCACGGAAACUGCUCAUUUCCACCUUCCUGCCAGCUUUUGCCUCUGUUCUAGUUCAGCCCUUCCAUAGAGACUUUCAUCCAAAUAACAUGAAUGAGGAGGAAAGCAUUUGACUUCAGGGGGGGUUAUAGCUUCAGUCAAUUGGGCAGAACAGUGGCAAUGAUUUGGAAGGAGGAGCAACAAGGCAGGGAAUACACGAUACAUGGAAGGAUAUUACAUGGUGUGGAGGGAAGAGGUUGCUGGAAUGUGCAUUCACAUAUCCUUAAAGGUAGUAGGGCAAGUAGAUGGUUAAAAAGGUAUAUGGGAUGCUGUCCUUUAUUAACUGAGGCACAGAAUAAUCAUCCGUAAUCAGGAUUCUAAAUAAAAGCUUAGAGUUUAUGCUUGUUAGGCCACAGCUUGAGUAAAGUGUACAGUUCUGGUCAUCAUAUUACAGGAACGAUUACACUGGAGAGGGUGCAGAGGAGACGUAUGAUGAUGUUUCCAGGACUGGAAAAAUUUAGUUUUUAGGAAAGUUUAGAUAGGCUGGGGGUUAUUUCUUUGGAGUAGAGGAGGUUUAGGAGGUCUUAAUCGAGGCAUAUGAAAUUACGAAGGGCCUCAAAAGAGUAGGAAGGGCCAUAAACCAGGGGGCAUAGACUUCAAAUAAUUGGUGGAAGGAUUAGAGGGAAAUGUGGAAUUAGAGAAAAACACUUUUCAGUACAGAGGGCAGCAAGGUUCUGAAACUUACCACCAGAAAGGGUGGUGGAGGCAGAAAUCCUGAUCACGUGUAAUAAGUAUCUGGAUGUGUACUUGGAGAACCGUGACCUGCAGAUGAAAUGUUGGAAGGUGAGAUUAGGUUGAAUAGUUCUUUUUUUGACUGGCAAGGACUCAAUGGCCUCCCUUUGUAUCAUAAAUGUCCUGCGAUUUCUAUCAGCCUUUCUCUCCCAAUGGAAUAACAGAACAGCUCUAUUUUAAUUUCUUUGAAGGACCAUUGAGGAUUUGUUACUUUUGGGUUUUUUUUCGUGUGAAUUUGUUUGUCAUUCUGUCAAUGAACAGUAGAGGGUGGUGUUGCUUCUCUAAAAUGUACUGAAUCUGGCUAACAUUGAGCUGUUCAACAGCAGUGACCACUGUUUUCAACCAGAGUGGCAUUUAGGUUUUUUCCCCUCGUCCGCUGAUGUAAAUUGUGCUUGAAUUAAAUGCAGAGACUCUGGCUAUCACUGCAACUAUAUUGUAGAGGAAGUAUUAACCCCUCUAAGGAUAUGGGGUGUAAUGCUACCUGCCAUUAAUGUCAAGAACUACUUUACAACGUGGGCUGUGUUAGUAGCUAUGUCAGUAUAGCACCAAAGAAAGAAAUUAAAUGAUAAACUCCAGGGGGUCAUAAGAUUUUAAGAGUGAGCAUACAUAUUCAACGCUUGGACUUACUAUUGAUAUUUUAAUGUAUUACUUGCUUUUGGUCAAGGAAACCAGUGUCCAAGUAGAGGUGGUGCACUCUGAUAGGUCACACAGCUGCUUUCAAUUGCAUAUAUAUCAUAAAUCUCCAGCACAUUAAUACCAUGUACUGCCUGCUGCAAGACGUGUGACAGAUGCAGCUUGUCCCUUUCACCAUUGUACCUUCUGGGUUGAUGUGCCCUCUGUUUGUUUUGCAACUGAGAAUCUCACCUGAUGGCUUGGUGUUACCUCUGGCCUGAGUCCUGUAGUCAGGAGGAUGAGGGCUGCUGCUUCAGCCAGAAAUGUUUGUUCUUCUCAUUUUUCUAACUAUUAACCACCUGUCAAACUGGGCACUUCUCAAUGUGCUGAGUGCACUUCUCUGCCUAAUCUCAUCAGGUUUUAGCAGGGGACUUGUCUGUUAACCCACUGCACCAAAAGUUUGUCCUGGAAUGGUCCCAGAUGCUAUAAUUCUCAUUUGAGUAAUUUAAAACAUAAUCUGCAGCUCCAUUUAUGUUAUUCCACUUACUGAAGAAACAGAAGGUGCUGCACGAUAUUCUGUCUCCAAGUCUUCAAGCGUGAUCAGUGUGGCCUCUCAUCUCCGGCUCUGCUUUCUCUCUUACUCCCAACCUAGCAGGAUAAACCAAACAAAGAUAGUCAGACACCAGCUUUCAUCUAAUAAAUCUGCAGUCAGUGUUUCCAUCUAGUCUCUAUCAUCUCCAUUACAAAUCUAUGGGUGAUUGGAAUAACUAAUUACAGGAAAGGGGACACCAAAACUUGUACUUCCCUCAAGUUAAAACACAGUCAUUAAUUACAGAAUGUCUCCAACAUUCUGCGAGUUUGGGGACCAUUGGUAAAUGAACCCCUCCCUUACUAAGGAACAACCCUCUGCUCUCUUCAUCAAGUGUAGACUGUAUGUUGUUUGGGAUAUGUUCAGGCCUUGGAGCAGUAGAGAAUUGUUCAUGUUACACGUAGCAGCCUUGUAAACAAAUUCUUUCUGAAUGUAUUUGUGACGGUGCUAAAGAACAACUUCAGUACUCAAGAUUUUUGAAAUAUCAAUGUAUUUUAAAACAUUUAAUUUCUGCAUAAAAUGCAUGUUGAAGCAUGUUCUAUUUUUAUACAUUGCUUCCGGUCAUUGGUGAACUCCUCAGAGUGUUACUGCCUGAUGUGUGAGUCUCUCUGCAUGAGUUACUCAGCAGUUCCAUUUCUGCACUGUUCAUUGAAGGUUUUCUAUAAAAAAUUAUUUCUUUAUAUUCAUUUUUAAAGAUAGCACUGUUUGAGAAGAUGCUAAAAUGUUAAUGGUAUAUAUGAUGAAUAGCUAAGCCACUCUUGCUGAUUGUCAAUAGAUAUAAAUGUUAAAGGUAAACUGUAAAUAAGCUGUUCACUCUGAAGUGACAUGAUGGGAGAAACCUUAAAAAAUCAAAUCAAAUAUGAUCAGAAUCUGACAUGUUUCUGAUACAAGCCGCUGCAGUUGGCUCUGUUGUUUUUAUAUCUAGGUAUACAGAGGAGCAGGUCUCUUCACUACACUGAGUAGCAGACUCUCUUCACGAUCUUAACCACAAUGAGCAUAGAAAAAACUUAAUGAAGUGAUGAAAAGCAAUUUCAUUAUCAUAAGAGAUAUUUGUACCAACAGGUUUUUCCCAGUGGAAAUUUUGUUUUGAGGUAUUUAAAAGAUUCUACAGACUGCUACCAGGUAAGUCAGUUUGCAGGAAAUAAAGGAAUCUAAGAAUUUUUAGAGGAAUAGAAGUUUGUGCUCCCCCUAUUCCUAGUGGUCGUGCUGUGCCCACCUACAGCUGUUCAGACCUCACUCUAGCUGAUGUCUAGUGCAUUCAGGGCCUUCUGUUCUCCAUGGAAACUGGAACAACAGAUCUGGUGACACCACUGGUAUACGAAUGUCCAACUUCAGAAACAAUCUAUUACAGUAGAUCAUGAUUUUGAUAGCCGUGUAAGACUGAGGACUUAUCAGGAUUUUCAACAGUCAGUGCGACAUGUUUGGCCAUAUCUGCCAAGGUGUUACCAUUCAUAUCUGCAUGUUCUGAUAGACACCUUGAAAUGCUGCCUUCUGACAGUCUUGAUCACUUGAGUAACCCAAUCCCAGGUUUUUUUUACAGCAAACCUGCAGCUACCAUAUAGCGCAGAACUGGCACCUCUAGCAACAGCUGAUCAUUUGUGGCCUGACAUGUAGUCAAAGUCAAAGUUGAGUUUAUUGUCAUAUGCACAAGUACAUGUCUGCACAGGUGCAAUGAAAAACUUACUUGCAGCAGCAUCACAGGCACAUAGCAUCAGAUACACAACAUUCACAAGUAAACCAUAAAUUAUACAAAAUUAUACAAGGAAGAACACAAUUAGAACAAAAAAAAUCAAACGUAUCUGCACCUUCUUUGAAUAAAGGCUGGAAUGAUCAUUUCUAUAUGGUGCCAGUUACUACCACAAAGGGCAUCCUUCCUCACCUUUUUCUAAUGCCAUCAAAUAGUAUGUCAGUCGUGUGUCUUUAUAUCAAUUAACUGCAGAUCCACACCUCCAUCUUGGUUGCCGUUCUCUUUCGACCUCUCAUUUCUUGGUCUCAGCCCUCAUGCGUGGGUUGGUGUCUCUCACUCAGUCAUUAGCAUUUUAGCCUCUGCGUAUUGGAAGCAUCCCUGCAAACUUUACCCUGAGACUUCAGUGCCAUACUGCGAGUGUGUCAUGUUGUUGCAGAGACAGGAGGAAUGAGACAGGUUUUGAUCCGCCUGGUCAGUUGAAUGUUUUGGAAGAAAAGUAGUUCUAAUACCUUGCUCUGAAACCCACUCCGAGCCAAGACAAUCUGAAGUAGAUUACAUUGUUAUUCACUUGCUCUGAAACUCUGAUGCAAAUUAGCUAUUGAGUUUGUUUACAUUGCAAUAACACCAAAAAGCAAUCAAUGUAACUCUUUUUUCAAAGUGCCUUAGGAUAUCCUAAGGAUUUAAUAAUGUGCUAUGUAAGAAAUGGUGUACUACAAGGUACACCACAUUAUGUUAAUGAUCUAGUGAUUAAUAUGGUCUGUUUCCAGAGAAAUGGCAGGACAUAGUUGAAUUGCUAAUGAUUUCUCAUACUUUGCGGGUAAGUUCAGGCUGGUUAGGUAGCAAAACCGCUUUUCUUGUUGGCUUCAUGCCUGCAGGCCUUUGCAAGUCUCGGCUACCAAAUGGAAUCCAGACAUCUCCCCACAGAAGGGGUGGGGAAUCAGAAAGUAGUUACUCCCUCAUGUGCAUCUCCUAGUGAACAGCCACACAGCGUUAGGGAGGCCUGGUUAUAGCUAUGCACACCAUGCUCCUGAAAAGGAAAGGUACCAAACAUAAACUCAAAGCUAGAAAAACAACAAGAUGUUUGAAUAGACACCGUAUUCUGUAUGUAUUCUGUAUUUUUCUUUUUGAUGGAAGUUUUUAAUUGCUUGUAUUUUAUACUAAACAA